AUGAAGAACAGAAACAAAUCCACCAAAUUCCCCGUCGCGCGCAUCAAGCGCAUCAUGCAGAAGGACGAGGAAGUGGGCAAGGUCGCGCAGGCGACGCCCAUCGUCAUAUCGAAGGCGCUCGAGCUCUUCCUCGGGAUGAUCAUCGAGGAAGCGAGCAAGGUCACCGCCGAGCGCGGCUCGAAGAAGGUCGAGGCCUACCAUCUGAAACACGCGAUCGACACCGUCGAGAUGCUCGACUUCCUCAAGGAGCUCGUCGAAGCCGUGCCCGACCCGUCCGCAGGCGGGACGAUCUCACUCGAUCUCGAGGGCGACGGCCGCAAGAAGCGCUCCAAGGGUAAGGGCAAGGCCGCCGCAGCCCUGGGUGAACCGUCCAACGGCGCGGGCGCGGGCACGAGGCGACGGCGGAAAGGCAAGGAGAGGGAGGAGCGCGAGCCGGAGGAGCGGGACGUGCCGGAGGAGGAAGAGCGCGAGGAGCGCGAGGACGAGGACGGGCAGGCGGGGUGA